AUGCAACGAUGAUUCUUUUCUACAAAUCAUAAAGAUAUUGGUACAUUAUAUUUUAUUUUUGGAGCAUGAUCAGGAAUAGUAGGAACUUCACUUAGUCUAAUUAUUCGUGCUGAAUUAGGACAACCCGGUACUCUUAUUGGCAACGACCAAAUUUACAAUGUUGUAGUCACAGCUCAUGCUUUCGUCAUGAUUUUCUUUAUAGUUAUACCAAUCAUAAUUGGAGGAUUCGGUAAUUGAUUAGUACCCCUAAUAUUAGGAGCUCCUGAUAUAGCCUUCCCCCGUAUAAAUAACAUAAGAUUCUGACUUCUUCCUCCUUCAUUAACUCUUCUUCUUAUAAGAGGUAUAGUAGAAAGAGGUGUAGGUACUGGAUGAACUGUAUAUCCUCCUCUUUCUGCCGCAAUUGCCCAUGCCGGUGCAUCAGUAGACUUAGGAAUUUUUUCUCUUCAUUUAGCAGGAGUUUCAUCUAUUUUAGGUGCAGUAAAUUUUAUAACCACUGUUAUUAAUAUACGAUCUUUUGGUAUAAGAAUAGACCAAAUACCACUAUUUGUAUGAUCCGUAUUUAUUACUGCAAUUCUUCUUCUUUUAUCUCUCCCUGUUCUGGCAGGAGCUAUUACUAUGCUUCUCACAGAUCGUAAUUUAAAUACUUCAUUCUUCGACCCUGCCGGGGGUGGAGACCCCGUUCUUUACCAACAUCUCUUCUGAUUUUUUGGUCAUCCUGAAGUCUAUAUUUUAAUUCUUCCUGCUUUCGGUAUAAUUUCUCAUAUUGUAAGUCAAGAGUCCGGAAAAAAAGAAUCAUUCGGUACUUUAGGUAUAAUCUACGCUAUAAUGGCUAUUGGUAUUUUAGGAUUUAUUGUCUGAGCUCACCAUAUAUUCACAGUCGGUAUAGACGUCGACACUCGAGCAUAUUUUACAUCUGCUACUAUGAUUAUUGCAGUUCCCACUGGAAUUAAAAUUUUCAGGUGACUAAGAACUCUUCAUGGCACUCAAAUUAAUUAUAGACCUUCUAUGCUGUGAGCUUUAGGAUUCAUUUUCCUUUUCACCGUAGGAGGCUUAACAGGAGUUGUUCUUGCAAAUUCUUCUAUUGAUAUUAUCCUUCACGAUACAUAUUAUGUAGUUGCCCAUUUCCACUAUGUUUUAUCUAUGGGAGCAGUCUUUGGCAUCUUUGCCGGUAUUGCUCAUUGAUUCCCUUUAUUUACAGGGAUGUCUCUUAACCCUAAAUGAAUAAAAAUUCACUUUACAAUUAUAUUUAUUGGUGUUAACGUUACUUUCUUCCCCCAACAUUUCCUAGGACUUAACGGCAUGCCUCGACGAUACUCUGAUUAUCCAGACGCUUAUACUACCUGAAAUAUUGUAUCAUCAAUAGGAUCUAUAGUAUCUCUUAUUGCUAUACUUAUUUUUAUAAUUGUAAUCUGAGAAGCAUUAAUUUCCAGUCGGCCUGUUAUAUUCUCUCCUUACUUGCCAUCUUCAAUUGAAUGAAAUCACUCUUACCCCCCUGCUGAUCAUUCUUAUAUAGAAAUUCCUCUUAUUACAAACU